AAUGUUUGAUUUACCGAAUCAACCCAAACGCUUCAGUUAACAUGAAUAAAUUAUUUGUAGCUCGUUCAAAAGCUCCGUUUUUAUAUUCCAUUAACAUGCCAGGCACUUCUCUAACGUGGGUGUACUUUACACACAACAGGGAAGGUGUCGUACUUAUACAUAACAAUUGUAAUGCACCGCAUUCAUGACUAAGUAAAUACAAAUAAUCACAUUUUAGUGUUGCGUCUUAAAGAUUUUUUUUGUUAAAUUGACACUAGCUGUAAACCUACAGUAAUCAGUUUAUUACAUCAAAUAAGCAGGGAAUGCCACUACGGUAGCUUUUGGCUCCCAUAACUACUUCAGACAGACGAAUAUUGCAAUGACGUCAUUACUGUUACCGGAACAAGCUGUUUUACAGCUGCUAUCCCGCCAAUUUUAAGCUUUAGAAUUUACAUCCUAAUGCCAGAGUUUGGGUAGUUGUAAGCUGUAUACAGUAUACAAGGGUGUGACUGAGUGUGGUGAAGACCCCUUUUGAAGAUGUGGACUGAUUAUGAACUUCUUACAAGUGAUGAUACAUGUGGUCUGAAUAUAGACUCAAGGCAAGAAGGUGGCACGGCUUUAUAUCAAGUGGAUACUGUAAUUAAGCUGUCCUCUUCUGAAGAGGUACAUACCAAUCCCAGAUUAUUUGCAAGGAAUGACAGUGAUGGCUGUGUCAUUGUCGCCGAUAAUUCGGUGUUACUUCUUGAUCAGAUUUGCCAGUCUGUGAAGCUGCACCUCCACUUUUCUACUGAGGUUGAUGUUGUUAGCCUCUGUCAUGAGGGGCAGUUCCUCAUGGUUGGAGAAAGAUGUGGAAUCCUUCAUCUUAUUCAUGUGGCAUCAGGAAAAACAUUGCUGAACAAAACUCUCAGUCAGAAAUCUCCUAAUGCCAAUGAAAAGACCUAUCUCAACCUGUUGGUUGAAACAGAUAUUUCAGAUGCAGGGACCUAUCAUGGAUUUCUUCUUACUAAAACUAGAUUGUUCUUUAUUCUGUAUCUGCAGCUUUCAAAAAUCCACCAAGCAAUUGAAAUUAUGGAUUUUAGUAUUGCUGCUCAGCUUCAGGGGCUGAUUAAGACAGGAUUUGUUUCGACUGAAGAAUACCACACUCAUGGCUGUUGGAGCUCCUCGAUUGGUGACUUGAACAGUGACAUCCAUCUUAUACUUGGGGGUUGUGGAGAUUGUGCUGUUUCAAAGUGGGGCGUAGAUCUUACUCGGAAUAAAUUGUCUGUUCAGAGUUUGGUUGAUUCUAGCAUGUUAAAAGGUGUACGGAAGUCCCAGGUCCUAGACAACUUGUUGUAUGUGUUGGAUGAAGAUAAUGCUUUGAGCGUCUGGGAUGCUUAUACACUUAUCAUGGUUUGGUUUUGGCCUUUGAUUCAUAUUGAAGACUUUCUUUUAUCUACGGAGGGGGAUUCCCCUGCAGUAAACAGGAAUGGGGAACAUAGACUUAAGCUUAUAGCUUUAACAACUGCCAACAGCAGUCAGAUGCGUAAUCUUGUGGUUUAUUCCCUACCUGCUAUGAACCUUCUCUACUCCUUGGAAGUAUCUGAUGUGUCUUGCUUGGUUCAGACUGGAAUAAGCAUGGAUACUAUCUAUCUUCUUGAAGGAGUCUAUGAAGAUCGGAGCAGGUCUAAUGGUGUAGUCUCUAUGGUGGUUAUGAGAUGUCUGACUGAAGCUCUACCAGAAAACAGGCUCAGCCGUUUACUUCACAAACGCAAGUUUAAAGAAGCAGAAGCUUUUGCUAUUCACUUUGGACUUGAUGUAGAGCUGGUAUACAAAGUGAGGCUCAAUUUUAUUUGGGAACAACUAAUUUCAGUGUCUGAAGGAAACUGUGGUCAGUCGAUGUGGCAAGAACUUGUGGAAGAAGCUAAAGUGAAUCUGCAGAAAGUGCAGGAUAAUCAGUACAUUCUAGAAUACUGCUUAAAUGUUCCGUGGCCUGCUUACGAAACUGCAUACGAAAUGCUUAACUACGCAAAGUCCAGGAUCACGAUGAGAGAAGAUAGAAAAAUUAUGCUCCAGUCUGAAGGACCACCUUUAUCUGUAACGGAGAUACUUAGGGCACAGGCAAGACUAACUACAUUUUUUGGUGCAUUUGGUUCAGAAAAAUUCAGUGGUAUCUCUUGGACUGAAUUCCUGAACAACAAAGAUCUUUUUAGCAGAAUUGUAAUGCAGCUGACUGAUGGCAAUAUCAAAUGCGCCCAAUAUCUUUGGAUUAGACAUCAGGUUGAGCUUGAGAAUCAAUUUGAUAUGCAUUGUCUUAAAGAAGUGCUUAACGCAAUACCUACUGACAUCCCUUCAGAGGAAAUCACACACUGGUUUAAAAAUGUUUUCAUCCCUUUUGUAAGACGAAGUGUACCUCAAGGACAGAAACCACUAUCAAAAUGGCUGGAAAACAAAGCUCGAAGUCUUGAAUUAACUGAAAAGGGAAAAUGGCCAGAAAAUGGACUUGAAAUGGCAGAACUCUAUUUUACUUCUAGAAAUCCCAGUGAUCUCAGCUUGGCAUCUUCGUGGCUGUGGUUUCCUAUGGCAGAAGAUGACAACUGUGAAGAAGUGAAUCAAUUAAGAAAGCUCAUCAGCAACCUGCAACAAUUGGUAGACCUGUACAGAAAGUAUAACUGCAGAAUGCCACUGUCUGAUUUUGAAAAGGAGACUACAACUACCAUUGUUUUUCGCAUGCUGGAUAAAGUUUUGGCACCAGAGCUCAUUCCCUCUACUCUUGAGAAAGUUGUAAAACCGUACAUCCAAGAACAUAAUCUGCAACUGGAGGAACUUCUAUGUCAGUACAUUAAAGAUCUGCUGGAAAACUGUAGCUCUCCAGCUUCUUUGUUUGGAACAGCAUGGGAGGCCAAAGCAAUGGCGGUGCUGAACUGUAUGUCUGACCAAGAUCUCGUUUUUGAUGCAGUCCUUUUGAUAAUGGGCAGGGCUUUUGUACCCUGGAGUGAAGGAGUUGAACAACUUGUGGCACAGUAUUUGGAAAUGGACCAUCCUAAGGUGGAGGUAUUGCAGGAGAGUUACAGGAUUGCAGAGAUGAAGAAACUUCUAAGAGGUUAUGGUAUCCAAGGUUAUGAUUUCUCUUUCGGCAAGAGAUUUGUGAAAUACAUUCUGAAGCAAGAUUUACCUUCGAGCCUGGAAGAUGCUUUAAAGGUCGUAGAAGCAUACAAGUUGCCAAGAAUGGAUAUCUAUCUUCUCUGGAGUAUGCACUUGAUCAACAGAGGCAGGAGAGAGGAAUGCUUGAAUUUACUGAAGUCAUUGCCUCCUAAUGAUGCAGAAAACCUUGCUGACAGGUUGGUUUUAAUGGAGAUGAUAAACUUACAAGAAAGACUGGAUUAUAAUGAAGAGCAAAAGAAGCAUCACUUAUCAGCGUUACAGUUUGUAACAGAGAUCCUUAAAUUCUUGCUUGGAAUUAAGGGAGGCGAUUGUUUGAAAAGGGAGCAGUACGAAAGAGACCUAAAAAUGUUUGAAGCAGUUGCGGGUUUACAGGAACAGUUUGAUAUAUUUCUCUCCCUGGAGGAGUAUUAUGACCAUUUGGCACUUGACCAGCUGCUUGAAGAACAUAUCAGUGCCUAUGAUUGUAUUAACGUACCGUCAACAUUUGAAAAUAGUUCAGCUUUUAAAGACUGCCCACCUUGUAAGAGUACAAAGGAGUAUUCCUCAGAGUCCAGGCUUUAUAAAUUAGCGGGUCUUUUGGACUUCAAAGAAGAAGAGAUGGGGAGAGAACUGGCUCUGAAAGCUUUAGAUGAUGGAAACGUAGAGAAAGCUUUAACAAUAUGCAGAGAGUUGUUUGAAAAUCAUCCUAAUGCUGAAACAGGAUAUGUGCUAUUUUGUGUUGCACAGAAGAUUUACCAGUUGUUAGUAGAAAAUAUGGCUGCUUUUAUUCCUGAAGGAAUUAAUUUACUUGCCUCACUUUAUGAGCUGACCUGCCAAGCAACUACUGUUUGCAGUCCAGAUCUUAUCUUAGAUUGUGCCGAGUUGUGCAAACAUAGUUUAUCUGCGCUGGAGAUUUAUAAUCAGUGUCAGUUAGAUAACUAUGGAUUCAUAACAAAGGCUGAUGGUUUUGGAGUUGAUCGAGAUCCCUACAAUGAGUGGAUAUAUGAUGAUGAUUUUACUGAAGAUGGAAUAGUUCUAGACCCUUUAGGGGUUCUGCCAUUUAUGUAUGAAGUCAUAACUGCUUGUGUUCCAUAUUCCCCUGAUAAGAAACAAUAUCCUUUGAACUGUGCAAACCUUGCCUACCGCUCCUAUGAGGAAGGAAGCAGUCUGAUUUCCCCUAUCACCUCCGCUAUCCAGAAGCUGCUGCAGAGCCUACAGGAGAGCAGCCAGUUACAGCUGCUACUACGGGUGGUUGUCGACUUGUUUGGCAGCUGCCUACUACAUGUCAUUUCCAACAGCAUGGAUCUUUAUUUAAGUGAAAAGCUACAUGAAGAGAGAACCGUUACCGAACACAAAAGAUUGAUCAUUGCUUUAGCAGAAAAUACAAAUGCAUCUAUUAAGAAUGCUUCUGUGGCACUAUUACACAAAGUGUUUAACUGUCGUGUUGUGGAUUAUGACUUGGCGUUGGGAUAUUGUACUCUCCUGUCCAAGAAGGAGGUGACAGAGCAGUUGUGGAGUAUUAUCAACAGCCCUUGGCAGAAGUACGACAAAAUCUUGGCUGUGGCUGAUAUAGGAGCAGAAAUGGCCAGUCUUCAUGGAGAACUUGAGGAAAAAGUAAAAUUCCAGGCUUUAAUAACAGAUGCUAAAUGGGGAGUGGAACUCAGUAACCUUAAUAUUUCGUAUCAGUCCGUGUUUAGAACGUGCCCAGCAAUGAAGGCAGACCUGAUCUCUACUCUUGUCCAGAAUCCCCAUGUGACCUCAGAUUUGCUGUUGAAAUAUUGCAGUGCCUUUAAGUUGGACAGUGACUCUGCCCUGCAGCUUUAUAUAGAAACCCUGCUGCUUCAAGGUGCAGAUGGUGCUACCUGUGACAAAGAUGUGCUAGCUGUGAUAAACACUCCACAGUCACAUACGGAGCUGCUGAAUAAAGCCAUGCAAGUAAUUCCUCUGCUUCGUAGCACGAAUGACCUGGUCAUUAGCCUGAGUGGAACUCUGCAAAAGCUGAAUCCAUACGAUUAUGAAACCAUCGAAAGCGUCUUGAAAGUUAUUCAAAAAGCAGAUGAAAAAUACACCAGCCUGAAUCUAGAACAGGCUUUGGAGCUGCUUCAGCAUUUGUAUUCUUACAAACGAACUUCACCUCUGUUAGAUGUGGAACAGCAGUACAUCUUAGAACAGGGCAUCAGCCUUUCUUGUGCUACGCUGAAUAGAUUGCCUUUUCACCUGCUUUUUUUUAAAACUAGUUCAACUUUUUGGGCCAUAUUGGCUUCAGAAGUUAACGAAGACUCCUUUCCAACAUUGCUGCUGAUAUCCAAGUUGAUGAAGGUUUCUCUAGAUAAGUUUUACACAUCUGCAGUCAAGCAUAUGUUUGGAAAAUCAUUGAAGCCAAAAGUCCUUAAACAGGUCAAGGAGGGAGGGUCAUCUGUGAUCACCAGGCAAACUGACAAAAGUGUGGAAAUCAUACAGGCAUGCCUGUUGUCUAUAACGGAUGCAGAACUGGCAACAGCCAAUGCUUACUGUAUAGCACAGGAACUUCCAACAGGAAAUGACAAGAUAAGUGCCUUCAGAUUCUGUCUUCACAUUGCAAAGAGAUGGUUAAGGAGUUUGUCACCUCAGGAUGAAGGACGUGAAAAAGCCGACUAUUUUCUGAAAAAGGUGACCAUGCAGUAUGAGAUGUCGGCUACAGAAUACGCAUUGGCAAAAUAUAACUUGAAUAGCCCAGAUUACCUGAAAUUAAUAAAUUCACCAGCCAAACUUAUUGUCUGUCUGUUCCAACAUAACAGCAUCGAACAAAGGAUUAAACAUCCAACAGGCCGAGACUAUCCAGAUAUACAUGCAGCAGCAAAGGAAAUAGCAGAAAUUAAUAAGCUGAAUAUGAAUAAAAUAAGAGAUACUCUGUUAGAGAAAUGGCUGCUUCCAAGUACCCAGUCCAAUAUUAAUGACAGAAAUAAAGAUGAAUUCUUCAGUGAUUUGAUGGAUGACCCAGAUCUCAUGAGGGUGGCGUAUCUUCUUCAUACUUACACUUUGGACCAUUCUGUACGACUGCUGCUUACCAUUGCAACGUCGGAUACAUCCCCCAUAGGUAUUUCCCAGUUGACCUUUACUCACAGAAGUCGAGCCCUUCGAUGUGCACUUCACAUGGCAGAUUCAGAGACCAUCGUUUCCUUAAUGAAGAUACCUAUAGAAAAAGUGAAGUAUCACCUGAAAUGCUGUAUUUACCUCGCAGAAUUUGAAAUGUUAAAUCUUCCCUAUACAGUGGAAUCCUUUAAUAAUAGCCCUAAGGAAGGCAUGAUUAAAGGACUUUGGAAGAACCACAGCCACGAACCAAGGGCUGUGAAACUAGUAACAGAAUUAAGUCUGGAGUAUCAGGUCUAUGAUCCACAACUGUGGAAUGGCAUUUUACAGAAACUGCUUGGCUUUAAUAUGAUGUGUUACCUGAGGAAGGUUUUGGUAGCUAUCACUUCUAUUUACACCUUGUGGCAGAUACCAAAUUUCACCACAGCUUGGCGAAGUGUUAUCCUUUCACCAUUUAUUUCGGCAUCCUGUCCACUGAGCUCCAAGCAAAUUGAAUCAUUGCAUGAAUCUUUUGUGCUUCUUUUCAAGUGUCCUAUUCAAGCCGACCUAGAUUUGAUUGGAAUUGCUAAGCGAUAUGCACAGCUGAGCCUGUUCUCCUUUGCUUUGGGUUCCUUGUUUUUGAUUCCCUUUUCAGAGAAAAGGAAUCAGCAGAUUCAGGGAUUCCUUUCAUCAUAUAAUACAGAAACCGUCCUGGAACAAAUUGUUGAUCACUUAACAACAGGGGAGCUUUCAGGAUUUGCAUCACAGGUUACACAGAAGAUUCUAGACUAUAUAAUCAGCAAUAAUCAGAUUGAAAAACUUACAAAAACAAAACAUUUCCCAUUGCUGAAAGAGCAUAUGAUUAAAACAAAACAGGUGGAGAAGCUUGUGGAUCAGCUGGUAAACAGUAAGUGUCUGGAUGAUGCGGUAACUGUGAUUGCCGAGUACCGGAAGCUUGAAGGAAAGUCUACUCAACUGACUUUGUCACCUUUUGAAAUACUGCAGGAGUUUAUUAAUGAACAGAAAAAAUGUGAUGAAAUAUUUCACUGAAAACAAAAAGUGCAGUUUAGCAAGACCUUGAUUCACCAAACAUUUC